GGGGGAGAUGCGCGUAGUGCCAGUCUAGAGCCGGAGCAAGGAGUGCACAGUGACUGUGGUACUGGUAGGAAUACAGAGAGGCAGACUGCGAGAGAGAGGGAGAGAGAAAGGGGGAGGUGGGAGGAGAGAGAAGGCAGAUCCACAUCCACGAAGGAAAUGACAGCGUGAAGAAGGCGAGCAGCAGCCGCAGCAGCCGCUAAGGGGAAAUCUGCUGGUGCCAGGCGGGAGUCAGGAUAUACCUAGGUGGGCAGAUGCUUUGAGCCGGGAGAGACAAUUGGGCAAGCCUGCUUUGGAGCACAUCUCUUGGGCAUCCACUAGCGCAGGGGCGCUUCGCAGGAAUGACCGACUGACUGAGCUGAUCCAAGGAAGAAACAAGCUGAGCUACUUUAGGAAUACAGAUCAAUGCCAGCGGGGUUGACUUGCAGUGGAUUUCAAUGAAUUCAGGCACUGUGUGGAUUACCUCGCCGUAAUUCCGAGGAGGAGGAGGAGGUGUGGGGAGAAACUGGGUGCUCCCCCCACCCCCGAGGAAAGAGGCAAGAGUCGUUUUUUAGCUUGGAUUUCCCCUGAUGAAGAGUUUAUUCAGGCUUGAAAUACUUUGGGUCUCCUAGUUCUUGUUUCUUUGUUUUAAUACACUCAGACAUGAGACCCACUGAUUGUGAUAUGGACAAUUUUUCAAAACCAUGUAAGGAAUGCUGCUGUAACAAGAGCCGCACACGGGGAGUUCUGAGGUUCACACUCCCUUUCCUCUUCACUAUCCACCACAGGAUGGAACAGGGAAAGAUCUGGCCUUGGAUAUGGGACUCUGAAGGCCGGUCAGUGGCCUUGGUGUUUUUUUUCUUGGUUUCUUUUUCACGGAAUGUUACCAGCACUCCCAUAUAUAAUACUUUCCACUCUGAGAACCGUGACUGGACCUUCAAUCAUUUGACUGUUCAUCAGGCCACCGGAGCUGUCUAUGUGGGAGCCAUCAAUCGGGUAUAUAAGCUGUCUGGAAACUUGACCAUCUUGGUAGCUCACAAAACAGGACCUGAGGAGGACAACAAAUCCUGCUACCCGCCACUCAUCGUACAACCCUGCACAGAGAUCCUGACUCUGACCAACAAUGUUAACAAGCUGCUGAUUAUCGAUUACUCAGAAAACAGGCUUCUGGCCUGUGGUAGCCUAUACCAAGGAGUCUGCAAACUGCUGAGACUGGAUGACCUCUUCAUUCUGGUGGAACCAUCGCACAAGAAGGAGCACUAUCUUUCCAGUGUUAACAAAACUGGCACUAUGUAUGGAGUUAUAGUUCGCUCUGAGGGUGAGGAUGGGAAGCUUUUCAUUGGCACAGCAGUGGAUGGCAAACAGGAUUACUUCCCCACACUCUCCAGCCGGAAGUUGCCUCGUGACCCUGAGUCAUCAGCCAUGUUGGAUUAUGAACUCCACAGUGACUUUGUUUCAUCACUCAUCAAAAUCCCUUCAGAUACCCUGGCCUUGGUCUCUCACUUUGACAUCUUCUACAUCUAUGGAUUUGCCAGUGGCAAUUUUGUUUAUUUUCUGACUGUUCAACCAGAGACACCUGAAGGGGUGUCUAUCAACUCAGCCAGUGAUCUCUUCUACACAUCUCGAAUUGUGCGUCUGUGCAAGGAUGACCCCAAGUUCCACUCUUACGUUUCUCUGCCUUUUGGUUGCAGCAAGGGUGAUGUGGAAUAUCGUCUCCUUCAGGCAGCCUAUCUUUCCAAGCCAGGGGAGGUGCUAGCCAGGUCUCUCAACAUCUCCACCGAAGAUGAUGUCCUUUUUGCCAUUUUCUCCAAGGGGCAAAAGCAGUACCACCAGCCCCCUGAUGACUCAGCUCUUUGCAUCUUUCCAAUUCGUGCAAUCAAUACCCAAAUUAAGGAGCGCCUACAGUCUUGCUACCAGGGAGAAGGCAACCUAGAACUUAACUGGCUGCUAGGGAAAGAUGUUCAAUGUACCAAGGCGCCAGUUCCAAUAGAUGAUAAUUUCUGUGGAUUGGACAUUAACCAGCCUUUGGGAGGCUCCAUACCGGUAGAAGGGGUAACCCUUUACACAUCCAGCCGUGAUCGGAUGACUUCUGUUACUUCAUAUGUCUACAAUGGCUACAGUGUUGUGUUUGUGGGCACGAAGAGUGGCAAGCUGAAAAAGAUCCGAGCAGAUGGGCCUCCUCACGGUGGUAUUCAGUAUGAAAUGGUGCCAGUUUUCAAGGAUGGGCGUCCUAUCCUUCGUGACAUGGCCUUCUCCACAGAUCAUAAUUACCUCUAUGUCAUGUCAGAAAAACAGGUAUCCCAAGUUCCUGUAGAAUCCUGUGAACAAUAUACAACCUGUGGAGAAUGUCUGAGCUCAGGAGACCCUCACUGUGGUUGGUGUGUUCUACACCAUACGUGUUCCCGAAGGGACAAGUGUGAAAGAGAAGAUGAACCAUACCGAUUUGCUGCCAGCAUCAACCAAUGCAUGAGUAUCAUUGUUCAGCCCAGCAGUAUUCCGGUUUCUGAGUACAGCCUUCCGCUCAGCUUGCUGGUGAAUGAUGCACCUGACUUGUCAAGUGGUAUCACUUGUGUAUUUGGAAACCUCACUGAAGUGGAAGGCCAGGUUUUGGGAAAGCAAAUCAUAUGUGUUUCACCAGCAUCUAAGGAUGUCCCUGCCAUACCGGUGGACCAGGACUGGUUUGGGAUAGAGCUGCUACUGAAAUCGAAAGAGACAGGCAAGAUGUUUGUCAGCACAGAGUUCAAGUUCUACAACUGCAGUGCCCACCAGCUGUGCCUAUCUUGUGUCAACAGUGCUUUUCGCUGCCACUGGUGUAAAUAUCGAAACCUCUGCACUCAUGAUCCCACGACAUGUUCAUUCCAGGAAGGGAGGAUCAAUGUUUCAGAGAAGAACCCUGAUCUGGACUGGGAACCUGCACAAGAGGUAGGGACUACUUGAACCUCUCUGUGUGGAUCUAACUGAUGACGGGAAUGUCUUGCACUUGCAUUUUGCAUCAGGAAUUGCACAUUGUUCUCAGCUGUGGCCAGUGCUGAAAUAAAGCUUUGUUCUUCUAGUUGAGAAGAAUGAGUACACCGGGUGGAGGAGGGAAGGUGGAACAGGACACUAUCCAUGAAAUCAAGCAAAAGCUUUCGUUUUCCUUUUUGACAAUAAGGAUAUUAAGCCAUCAACCUUUUGAAAAGGUGGCAGGUGUGGGAGGGUGUGCAUUUGGUUGAAUACUUUAUGUAUAUUUUAGAUUGCAACAGGGAUAAGUGGCCAUAAUUCAGCCUCAUAAAGAUGAAGUCUGAUCAUUAAGGAAAUGAGAUUAAAGAUAAUAAAACACUCAGUAAUAAACAGGAAAAUCAAGUUUCCCUUCUUCUUAUCAAGGAAUUGUGCUUCAUAAUUCAGCAUGAAAUAUCAGUCUAAAGCAACAUGUGUAUCUUCCUGAUGUAGCAUAAAAUACGACACACAAAAGAAUGAUUUGUUUUUGCACAUAAGGAAGGCCCAGUAAUGAUCAAACAUAUAUAAAGGUAGUGGCCACUGCUUUUAAGCAAAAAGUGAGUAAAGGCAGCUUGUACUCUGAACUUCAAAAGGAUUCACUCAAGGUAAGAGAAGAUGCUCAGGAUGGAGUUCUAAGCCCUGGAGACAAAGCUCAAGCUUUCAAUACUUGAUACAGAACCAAGAUGUAUCUUUUUAAAGUAGCACUUGUGAACCUUUGGAUGCUUUUAUGUGGAUGGGUUUUCCUUCCUGGACAUUAGGGAUGUUUGCAUUCCCCUUGCUCAACUUCAGGAUUUUGGUUUGCACUUUGGAAGCAAUAAUGACAAUGUUCCCCUUUCGGAUGCUUUUACUACCACAAUUGGAAAUGGAUGGGGCAGGAAGAGACAGAAAGCAGAUAUUUUAUUUAGAUUAGGAUAAAGAAGUGAAAUGAGUGACAUAGCUGGGUAUCCAGCUCUGGAGGCAAUCCCAACUCUGGGCUUGUUCUAAUUACUAUCAGAAUUAUUUUCAUGGAUUUAGGCAGAAUAUUCCAAAGUGCAAUUUCUCUAAUGUGCUAAGCUCCCCUAAAACUCUAACCAUAUGGAAAGGACUAAAAGCGUCAGGAAGUUUGAGUUUCUUGAAGUCUGCUCAUUUAGGAAAAAAAAGUGUUAAUAACCUGUGGAAAGACUUCUAUAGUAUCCAGUUUGGGGGAAGUGCGGUGCUUGGAGAAAUCUCCCUGAGUAGGUCUCCCUGUUACUUCCUGACAGUCAUCUGUAGCUGGCAGAGCUAAUGUUCGCCUCUCUCUAGUUUAUAUUGAGCAAAUGUAUUGUGCCACAUUGUGGGAUCACUCUUGCUAAGCGUAACUGGGAUCGUACAAAUGGAAUAUUGUUGCUCUGUGCUCCAGAUACGCAUAUGUGCUCACACCCAGCCAGCUCAGCAGGCUAAUUUGCUUAGUCUCUCUGAAGAAAAUAAAACGCUGUUUGUGAGAACAAACGUGUACUCUAGUUAUUCAGUUAAAAGCACUUUUAAGGGAGCAAUCCUUGGGGUCCAAAAACAUAACGGUAAGGGUUCUGCUUUUAGCAUCACCCUACCAGAAAAGCUGUUCUUACAUCUGUCCUAGUACAUUAGCAGAAAAUUCACAUGCAAGGAGACAUUGUUAACAGAGGGUGCAUUGCCUCUGGAACUUAAGCAAAAAUUAUCAUAUUUCAAUCAAAAUAGUUCCCAUCAAAGAAGGAAGAAUAUACCAAGCCCUCUGCAUGGGUCCUGGCUAAUAUACAACUUGGUAUUAGGAUGUAAAUGUUGAAGGCAGCUUCUACAACCAUUCCAACAUACUAGCUGGCAUACCUUUUUUAAAAGGUUAAAAUCAUACCUCUUAACCAAUGGUAAAAACCAUGAUGUGUUGCUAGCAAUUGCUUGUUUAUGUCAGAGUGAAGGCAACCUGAAGCCUUUAAAGUAAGGUUACACAUUGCAAAAUGACUGAAAAAGUGGCACUUUCAUGUUUCAUCACUUUGUUUUCUAUUAAUGCUUUGAGGCAGAUCUGCAGUCUACAGUCACUCAAGCAAAUUUGCACUGCUUGAUUUCUUUUUCUCUUUGCACUUUGGCAGAAUUAUUCUUUAUCCUUUUUAAAUGACUGUGCACUUAUGCCUGCACAAGCCAGACUGCUAGGGCAGUAAGGACAUCUAAAGCAAAUUUUGUCUGAGGAAAUGACUGAAAACAGUAUGUUUCACCUUGUGAGGAGAAUCAGUUGUCACAAUGUUGGUUUAUUAAAACACUUCUAAUUCCCUUUAGGACAUCUGCAAUAUAAAAUUUUAAAACAGCACAAGAGGCAACUUAAAAGUCCCCCCCCCCAUUUUACAGCAGCAAUAAAUGUUUUAUACCCAAAUCAUUAUUGUACUCCAAAAGCUUUAAAAAACAUGGUCUAGUCAUUCAUAGAAAUGUGAGGAAGAAGGUAGCCCUACAGCUUCUCCAUGGAGUGCAUUCUUCAUUGUUGAACAGAGACCCUGUGCAGACUCAUACAGAAUCAGGUAAAUAUGAAAGGGUACCACACAAUGUGGUUGCCCAUUGCCCUCUGGAUGUUGAAAAUUAUGAGCAUCCAAUCAAGCAUGGGAGGAGCAUGAGUGAAGAUUGUCUCACACUUUGUGACUGCAAAAGACAACAAUGGGCAGUUUUUGGCCAUCUUUGACUUUUGCCCCUGCUCACAAAGAAGAGGGACUAAAGCAUCCCUGGGGCUCCUUGCAUAUCAGCAGAGCUUCACUUGCCCCAUCCCUGCUCCCCUAGCACUCAGUCUAAAGUUGAUUUUGUGACAUUGGAGCCACAGCCAGGAUAGAAAGAACUGAGCUGGGUUUCUGCAUUUCCAGUGCUGGAAGUUGAGAUUCCAAUCUAUCUUAUGGCCAUCUAGACAGAGUCUAGCAGGCACCCAUGAUGCCACACACAUCUGAAAUUUUGUGCAACUUUUUUUUCUUUUCUACUUUCUUCUUUCAAGGAGCAUACAGUCAUAAUCAUGGAUGUGGACAAUUUCUAGAGCAUCAUGUAUUGAAUUUUGCAUAUUCAUGGUUCCUGUAUGAGCAAUUCGCUACAGCUUAAAGAACACAUUAUAGAACAGCAUCAUAGAACUGUGCAGGUGAUGUGGACUACCGUGAAAAUACAAACACGGGCUUGGAAAGUGAAAAUAGAAGCAAUGUCUUCUCACCAUUCAGAGUUAACAUGGAACUCAGCAUCAAGUGAGAAUGCAGCAUGAGAUUGGAGUUUGGCCUAGAGACUUGCUAUUUCUGUUGACAAAUUGACCAGCAGUGAACUCAGCUUGAUUCUGAGAUCCCCACAAUGUGUUUUCAGUAGAAGCUCUUAAGGAGAAAAAUACUUUUGUUCCUAGGGAAUAAUUUGCAAAUAUGGAAGGCCUUUAUGGUAACAUAUAUACAGUGGAUCAAAGAAUAGCCAUUCUGAAUACUGUUGGCUGCAGGAAUGACCUGUUGUCACUGACACAGCAUUCCAUCAGUUGCCAAGUUUUAGCAAGGCACCUAAGAAAUAAUGCCCAUCCAUUAUCUUCAAGGGCUGAAAGUAGCAAUUCUCUAGCAUAGUAUGCAACCUGGACUACAACUUCCAUCAUCCCUAACUAUUAGCUACACUGUUUGAGACUGAUAUGAACAGGGGCCCAAAACAUCUAGAGGAUACUUCUAAGGGAAGCUUGUUGAGUUAUCUAUUACUGUUACUCUUGAUGAGAAAUGCAGUUAGCUAAAGUUUGGUGUUAUAGAAUAUGUCUAUACCCACAAACUCAAAGAAUUAUUUGGAUGAGCUUCCAUAGUCAAAACCACUGAUUUUGUAUGUAUGUUCUACCUCUUAAGUAAAUACAAGAAAGAGUCCUCUCCGUGGAUGCCAGUUUUUAAAUGAGCCUUAUAAUAUUAAAGUUGUUUAGUGUCCAUGAAUUGGGUGUCCAUGUGUGCCUGUGUAAGGUUUGUGGGAAUAACAUAUGUAUCUGUGUAAAUUGGGCAAAAGUCCAGAUGGUGAAGAAAUGUAUACAGUUUCCUAUGGUUUUAUCCCCGUGCUGAGAUUAUGAGAAUUAAUGUAUUUCUUACUAACUGAAGGAUAAUCCUUCUUUGGUUUCCACUUUGUGCUGAUAAUAUGGUUUCCACAUGCAUGCUACUGAAUUGAGCAGACUCCAAAAAUUUGAACUAGAAGUAAAGUAUGUUCUGUUUCCUUUUGGGAGAACGUGUAGAUAAUAUUCUCACCUGGAAAAUCUCCAUACCUCAUUGUGCUUACAGCCUGCAUUGAAGUUUCUUGCAAUUAUAAUCACUGUUAGUAGCAACUACUAAACUAAAGCAUCUGCCUGGCCUUUAAAUGCCUGGAUCUUUGCACUAGACAAUGGAACCCAAAGCAAAGCCAAGAGGCAAUCUGCUUAUUCAUUAGAUUUUUGCUGACUUUUUUUGCCAGUGAAACCAUAAUAUGAACUCAGUUCUAUGGUAUGUAAAACAUAUGACAUAGCAUUCACAAACCUUUUCUAGCGGCAUCUCACUUUUAUUUACUAGACAGGCAGUGUUUGAGUACUGUGGGUUUGGAGGAACAAUUCGUGUGCUUCUGAUUUUGGUUAUAUUCUCUGUUCGACAUUCAUUUUCCUUCCUGAGUUCUACUGAACCGCCAAAACAUUUCUUCAUAUUUGAAAGACAGAUUGCUGUUUGUCGGAAGCAACACUGCUGAACUAGAAAGAACUAGAAAGAUUUUGAAAAACAGAUGUGCAACUGGGAUUUCAGUGGCUUGAUAUCUCUCUUAAAACUUGAGAUGCAAUGUAUUUCUGAACUAGAACCAUGCUCUGUUCUUUCUGUGGAUGCAGGGAAUCCAUUGUCCACCAGCUCCAUGAAGACAUUCUCUGCCCCUCCAGGUCUUUCCCAUUCAUCAGAAAAGGAGCAGCUUUAUAGACAAAAAGGAGAAUAUUAUGGACAAUUGAUUCUGUUGAAGCAAAUGGAUCAGCUAGUCAUGCAGGAUAUCCUGACAUCUACAGUUAAAAAUAUAUAUAAGGACAGGAACUAUAUGAAACGUUUUUCACUCAGACAUGAUAUAUCAACUCCAAAUGCCAAAUAUGUUGUGAAUGUGCUAAUAUGUGUUUAACAGUCACUUUGGAUAAUGGAUAGUUUCACAUGUUGUAUUAAGCCAGUUUGUUAAUAAGUCAUCACAGAACGUCCAACAGACUAUCAAACUCACCAUUGCUUGUUCCCCAGAUCUUUUCCACUCAGCACUUUUGCCAGAUGUGGCACACAUGCUAGGUACCUUUGAGAAAGAAUUCCUUGAUGUUUGAGCCUCUAAGUCAACAUCCUUUCUGUAAUUGGUAUAUUGAGGUUGCCAACUACUAAGGAAAUGUUUCCAUCGUGGUUGGCCUGAAGUGGCCCAUUCAGUCAGAUCAAACUAAUGUCUUCUUACUUAAAUGCAGGAGAAGGAAACCUCCCUUUUGCAAUCAGUUACUUUUCUCUGCUGAAGCUAAAAGCCAGGUCAUCUGGAUGCUGAGAUUGCAAUACAGGUGCCCUGGCUGAGCUCAUGUCAAGGACUUGAUUUAGAAAACCUGUUCAAUAGAAAACCACAUAGUGCCUAAAGAAUGAGGAAUCUCCUAGAUUCCAUAUCAGAGCUGGAAAGGAGCCAUUAAUGAACAGUCAGCAGCCAGAAAACAAGAGAUUCUUCUGGAAUCUCUACCCAGGCAAAGGGAGCAAACCAGAGGAAUUAUGCUCCAUUGGAAAAGGAAGUUGGAGGUCUUUAUCUUCCAUCACAGGUGCCAUGAAUGACUCUUUUGGUAAGCUAAUAAGUAGAGGAUCUUGGGUGGAUAGCAGGAUAUCUGGUAUAGGAGCCCAGGUUUAGUUUCUCUCCCCCCAAAAAGGGGAAAGAUCUGACAGAGUCAACAGGAUAGCUUUACCAUGGACGUACUGGGUUUUUUAAAGAAUCAAGUAAGCAGAUUCCAUUGGGCUGUGCUAGCUAGACUAUGAUUUUCUCUUUUGUUUGCUCUUUGCCACUGAUUUGCCAAUUUGACUGCUUAUUUUUGUGCACUCAGAACCCAGCAAGCUUUUUUUCCCAUUCUGUACUUUUUCCUGAAUCUUUAAUAAAUCUUGUUUUCAGCAAACCUUAGACUGUGCUUUGGGAGGUAAAAAGGGAGGCGCACAUGAAAGUAUGCCAUGUUAUUUGUCAUGUUAACACUUUUUCAACUGCUACAUUGCCUGCAAUAUACUGAGCAAAACUUGUAACUUAGUGAUGUUUUCCUAAGGACACAAGGGGGAUGCAGAGAAGCCUAACACCAGAGACCCCAGUAGGAUCCUUGGCCAGUCAUUCCCAAAGCACCAAAAGUAUUUGCCAACUGGGAAGAUUGUAUUUGUUUUUUCUCUUAGUUGUAGCUGAAUUUGUUUUUUUGCUCAGUGGUAGCUGAAAACCCCCCAGGUGCCAGGUAACCAGAACCAUGCAACAGCUUGCAAGAUGGAACUAAUUUUCAGAGCUGUAAUGAAGAGAGGUGCACAUUCACCAUAUUUUCCCUUCCACGGAAUUUUUUUGUUGCACAGUGCAAGACCAACUGACUAAUAUUUAGCCUAAUAUGCUGUCAGUGUCCUGAUCAAUUUCAUCUUCUGUUUUAAAGGGUCUGCUGUACUUUACACUGAAGUAAAAGCACCCACUGACAAAGUACCUUCCUCCACCUGGUUUUGGCUCCUCACUCCAUUGAUCGUUUUCACAGUUGAUAUUCAUAGUCUUAGGGGCAUGAGGCAGUUUUUAAAACAAAAGCAAAAAAAAAAAAAAACCCUGGGUUGUAACUGCAUGCAAACUGAGCCAGAAUGUUGGACUAGAGCUCAUGAAGAUCCAACAUUCCUGAAAAUGCAAAAGGUUGUUAGAACAAGAAUAAAUGGUAUAAUAUAUGGAACUAAAAUAUUGAUUCAGCUCUUAAAUACAGAUCCCUCUUCCUAAUGUAGUUUCAUGCAGGACUAUUGAAGUAUUAUUUUCUUUUGUGGCAUACUGAGAUCUCGUUUGGGUUGUGGUGUGGUGAAUACCAUUUCUCACAGAUAAAGCAAGUGGCAUCAAUUCAGAUAAUAUUCCUGGAGGUAUGUAUAAAUCAAAUCUAUUCAACUUCUUGUUUUUGCUAAUAAUUUAUGAAUACAGCUUCAAGCAUUUAUAGUAUCAUCUUAAAAAAGUUGCCCAUUUUCAGAUACUUCUUAAACCUCUUAAAAGACAUCAGAUCAGAAUAUUAUGCUGCUCAGAUCUAGCAGAUCUAGAAACUCAAUGCUCAUUGACAGCAAAGUUCUUACUCAAUAAUACAAAGGAAUGUUGGAUACUGAUAUAUAUACAACACAAUUAAGAAUUAACUUGUCCAAGUCUGUCUGUGUUGCAAAAUACUUUGACUUUUAUCUGGAAGUUACAGCCAUGUACCUUAAUUACUAUGCUGUUUAGGAAACUUAGGUACUGGUAAAAAGCUUACCAGAGUAACAGCAGAGUCAGGAGACUGGUUUUCAAGAUGAAAGGGAAGGAGAUCAGCCCUAAAGCCAGUCAUUCCUUGACCAGUAUGGAUUGUGAGGUCACUGUUUACCUCCAAUAUCCCAGUUCAGUUUUUGUUUGGUAGUUCAGCAAGGCAUAAUAGUUACGGACUGCUCCAGUGACUGCUUAGAAGGAAGAUGUUUUUAAGUGCAAUAUUGCAUGGAUGGCUUUCUAAGAGAUGUGGAAUAAUGGAAUGUAUGGAUCAGGUGCCAUACAUCACACAGUGAUACAAAUGUGCAAUCUGAUCUGUGGUGUGUAGUUGUCUGAGUAACCACACACUUAUUUUCUCAGUGAUGAGAUCCUUGAAAAAUAGUUUGUAGACAUUAUUCUGUUUAUGUUUUUUUCCAGAUUAGAUUUUUUUUUCAUUUCCUUUGAUGGAAAGUGGCUUAAGGAUAGGUAGUAAAAUAAUAAGUGUAUGUCCUCAAAUAUUCAUUAUCUCCUAGGCAAUUUUAUUAAUUUAAGCCAAUAAGAAACUCUAAGAAAAGUCAGGCCACUUAUUAUCAAAAGGUAACACUUUGUAUACCAAGAAUAUUCUGGGGGAUAUCCCUAGGAAGGAAUAAAGAAAUGAAUGGCAACUUUACCAAGUACUCCUGGGCAUAUCAGGAAAAUUCUUUAUGGUUGUUUCAGGCUGCAUAUCAUCUAGAUUUUCAUUCUGUGUAGGACUGAUACCCUCACGAAUAAUGAGCUUUUAUAGUCUAUUGGCCAUGAUUCAGUAAUGUGCCCAGAUAAGAUACUUACACUGUUCUUUCUUUCGGCAGGAACCUGGAGGAUACCCCAGGUUUAAAUGUCUCAUAAUUCAGAUAUUUGUUAGGGAUAGACCAGUCCAGAAAAGAAUAAAUAUAUGAAGCCCUCCAACAUCAUGUCAGACUUGGUCCUUCCAAACCAUAACUCUCUAUUCUGAUUCCAAUUAAAAUCUGCUUUCAGUUCCUGGGACUGAACAUGGAGUCAUUUGCAGGCAAACCAUGUGCUCCCAUAAUGAACCCAGAGAACACAUUAAAGAUGGGGCAAGCAGCUGUGUCUUUUUGUCUUAUUUUACUCUAGGUGGUAGGUAGAAGAUUUUAACCCCUUCAUUCUGCUAGGGUCAAUCCAGAGUGACACCAAGUGACCUCCUCUCUCACUAUAAGCCCCAACUGUACUAUUAUGUUCUGCAGGAGAGGCCCUUUGGGGGUUCCAUUACUUGAAGUGCUAUGUGUGAAAAGGCCUAUUGCACCAAAAUUAUGGACUCCUUGCCCUCAAAAACUGUGGUUGUCUGCCAUUCUCGGCCUCAAGAAACCGAGCAAAGCUGCAACUGUUUAAUUGAACCCUUUGAAAUAUUUAACAUUUUUAAUGUCUUAAGGUGUUUAUAGUGUUAAUGGGUUUUUUUGGUUCCAAAGUGUUGCCUUGAUGCAUAUUUAGCAGAUAAGGCUAAAUAGACAUGUUAAUAAUAAAUGCAUAAUAAAAUGUUGCCUAACAAUGAGUUAGUUGCUUGAAUGGAAUGGGGGACCCAAUGUGGAACUGGAUCUCCUUGCUUGCUUUAGAAUAAUAAAGAAAAGAAUAACAUAGCUACUAUCUACAUCUUUAAAAUAAUAUGUGCUUUUGUCCAAAGCUUCAUGUGCACAUGCACACUCCUCAGGAUUUGAAGCAUGGCCCGUUAUCUUGUUAGUUUUCUUUCUAUAUACAUUCUCAUGUUUUCACCCUGUCUCCUGCAACUGUCUGUCUAAUGCAGGAGCCUGCAUUUUAUUAAAUAGUAGCUGUGAAUCUGAUUUACUAAAGGAAUUGUGGUCAGUGGGAUUUCAAUAACUGCUGGCAACAGGGAAAUUUGAAACAAGAGAAGAGAAAUUAGCAGCACUGUGUUUAGCAAAGAAUCACAGAGUGUGGGUCAUAAUUUAGGUCAAAAUAUUGACUAGAGCUGCAGGCAUUAAUGAGAGAAAACUGAGGUUGCAGGUGCAAAGGAGCAUAUUUAUUCAAAACAAAUUGGCUGACAAAUUGCAUUUUAAAUUAUUAGUAAUAUUUAAUCAUGAUGUUGAAAAUGCACUUCUCUGUUUGAAAAAGAAUGGUUAGACAACAACAUGCUAUAAGCAAUUGGAUUUAAAAACAACUACUACUACUACCAUGAGAUUAAAGAUAAGAUGAGUUGAUAUUCAGCUUGUGCUAUACUCUCUAGCUACUGCUGGAGCUUGUCUUUAUAUUCCAUGCUUCCAAAGGCUCACAUUCUUCUUUGGAUCCAAACUGAAUAAAUUGGGAAUUAUGUGUGUGAAAUCAAUGGAGUCAUUAAAAAUGUACAGAAAGAGUAGUAGUUUAGAUAACAUGCUAAUUUGGUUAACACUUAUGAAUCUGCAUAAUUAGUGAACACUAGCAAAGAUACUUGAUAGAAGGCAACUGUAAAUAAGGUACAGUGCUUGAGUACACUGGGUACCAAAUCUUUUUGCCUUUGUUUGGCCUGUGUUUUCAAACAAAUGAUCUUCUAGAUAGGUUCUUCAGAAAAGAAAAACAAAAUCUAUGAACAUACUGUUUCCACUUAGGAAAAGAGAUCCCCAGGCACACCAGUGCACCCAGACAGUUCCCUUUAUAUGUUGUGCACCCAGACAGUUCCCUGUAUAAUUGAUGUUGAAUAUUUGGCUGGAAUGCUUGGGACAGAAAAAGCUGUGUACCGAUGCAAACCAAAUCUCACACAGCUUUUGCAAAGCUGUAGUACCAUCAUGAGAUGGUCUACAUAAAUCACAGCAGCAUAAUUGUGCUGCAGUAGUGUUGAAUUUCAGGAUCUCAGCAUAAGCUGUAGCAUCUUGGCAGUUUCAUUUCAUGAAGUUAUGGUUCAAAUAUAUCAUAGUGCAAGUUUUAUUUAAAACUUAUUUUAAUUGUUUAUUUAACUAGGUUUUUUUUAAUGUAUAGCUGAGAAUGCACUGAGGUUUUAUUGCACUGGGGUUUUAUUGUAUUGGGGAUUUAUUGUAUUGUUAUUUAUUGAUGUUUUGUGAGCCGCCCCGAGGCUUUAUUACGAUGGGGCGUCAUAGAAAUGUUUUAAAUAAGUAAAUAAAUAAGUGUCCUUAGAGAAAUUAGUAGUAUUCUAAGAUAGCUCUGCUAUGCUUGGUGAUAAGAAGGCAUUUCAUAGAUUUGAAAAGAAAAUGCUCAACAAUAUAGUUGUCAAAGAUGAUUUCACAGAAUAGAGAAUAAAUAGUUCUAUGGGUACCGAUUAGUGCAAAGGAGCCUUGUGUUCAGAAGCUGAGGAAAUUAUAACUGUUACACCAGAUUUAGGCUGGUGGUUUAAAUUUUCAUCUGACACCACUUUGAUACAGAAUAACCUUUAUUUUCCAUUUUGAUUCUGGUGCUAACCAGACAAGUGUGGGAUGCUUCAAUCCUAGCCUGCUGAAGCCACAACUGCCUGGGUUUUGGAGAUAAGCCUGUAGGAAAAGGAAGGGACUGAUUGUCUAUGAAAACUUUGGAAUCAGCUGUUGUGAUUUAUAAGUAGAUACUCUUAGAUACACAUUAUGGCAAGGUAGGUGUCACUGGAGUCCAAAUCUUCUCAAACACAGGCCUUUGGAAAGGAGUCUCUUUCUCUUUCAAUUGCAGAGAAAUUGCUAACCUGUCUAACCUCACAUGUACCAACAACUAAUAUUUCACAGAAGUGCAAGUAUUGCAGUGCAAAAGGUUAAGAUGUUGUAUAAAGGCAUGAGCUGUAAGUGUCCAUAGUCAUUUCAGUAUGAUCACAGCAACAAUGAAAAAAUCUGAUCUAAAGUAAAAUAUAUGAGGAAUUUGGCCAUAUAGUGGAUUUUGAUAUGUUUACCAAAAUUCUUAGAAAAAGAUUGUUUGCCAGACACAAACAAUAUUUAACCCAGAUCUGUUUUUAAUUGUUAAUUUGGGCUGCAUAUCUAUGUUCUAGCAUACCUUUGAAAUGUCUGGAUAACACACUGGUGGCUUUUUAGAUAUGUAGUAUUUAUAUUCGACUUCUUCCAAAGUUGACUCAAAUGUGCAAUACAGUGAUAUAUAUCGGUCUGUUUACAUACAUUCUAGUCAAUAUACCAUUUUAGCUUUUCAAAAGUAUUAUUAGAAUUGUAAUAUAUCAUCUAUUGGUCAAGUAAAGGAUAAUUAUUCAUCUCCCCAAACGUAUUUUUUAACUGAAAAGCCAAAAGGGGAAGCAUAUGGAUGGUGCUUCAUUGAAUGCAGUCAUUUUGCACAGGUACUGUGGCAUCUAAUUUGUGUUACCUGAUCACUGGUAUCAAACAAGAGCAAAUCAGCAAAGCCAACCCACUAAAAGUCAAGAUAGCCCAAUAGAAAGCAUGACAUCAAAGAGCAGCAGAGGAACAUCCAAUAGUGUUCUCCAUAAUGUAUGCCUCUCCUAAGCAAACAGACUGCUCUCCAGAAGCCCCUACAAGUUAUAGGACUUCAUUCACUCAUCUGAUAAAUUCAUUAAAAAUGGCCAGUAGCAAUGCAAUACCCACAUUUGCCCUGUGCAGUUGGUGAAGCGACAUCAUGUAGCUUAUUCCUCCACAUUUUUGGAUCCCUUUGUUAAUGCAAUCACUGAAGCUGUCAAAUAGCAGAAAAGUCCUACAGUUUCUUUCUUGUCCAUGGAGUGGAAUGUACUUCCUGUCUGACUGACUCUUUACUUUGACUACAGUCCUGAUGUGACAUUUUCCCCCCAAGUGAAACCUUUGCUGUGAGAAAAAGUCCAUUAUAUUCUUCUUGUAUCUAACAAUAAUAGAAAUUCCUUUUUGCUACCAACAUCUCCAACUCAGCAGUCUACAGAUUUAGCUUGAGGGUACAAAGGGAAUUGUCACCCGUUUUGUCCUAGGAAGAAGUUUUUCUCCUCAAUACUCCACUGAUACAUUAAAAGACUAACCUGGAGAAGGAUGAAUCCUGUAAUGGUGUUCCUUUCAAGACCUAAAUUCAGAGGUUAUACUACAGUGCAAACCUGAGUUUUGUCCUGUAACAAUAAGUAUUAUGAAUGUGUCUCCUCAAAAGAGCACAGAAUCAUAAAUAUUAUGUUGUGAAUAUCAUCCUAAAAUACCUCACACAGUUAUUUUCAGGAUCAGGUGAGAGGAGGAGAAUCCAGGAUGCCUGGAGUUCCUUGCAAGAGAAGAAAGGUGGGAUGUAAGUGAAAGGUAAUAAUAAAAAACAGGUAAGAAUCAUGCAGCUCAUGGGUGGUAUGUGCCCCUCAUCCUUCACUGUGGCCCUGCCCCCCUCCCAAAAUUCAAGGGGUAGGAACAAAAAUGAACAAAAGGACAUCAGCAAUGUCAUGGUGUUCCAUAAAGGUCAAAAUUAAAGGUAAAGGUUUUCCCAUGACAUUAAAGUCCAGACAUGUCUGACUCUUGGGGGCAGUGCUCAUCUCCAUUUCCUAGCCGAGGAAGCCAGCGUUUGUCCGCAGACA